UAUUUUAAAGGUUGAUAAAACGAUUGCAUGUGCUGCACUUAAAAAUGUCUCACUCGCCACGGCAACGUGUGCUUGUGAGUGCGCGCAGAUAAAAAUAAAUGCGGCGGCCAGAUGAUCCUCCAAGUGGUUUGUUUGGCGAACGAAACCGCACAAAGAGUGCAUAAUAUAAGCGAGCGCGCACACUGUCUCUACGUCAAAUUUACAUCCUGGAGUCUGGCACGCUCUGCUCCUGUCGCUUUUAUCACACAAAACCACACACGCCUUGACGUCUGGCCAGUGUCGCCGGAGCAGGCGGUGCCGUCUCGCGCUUCCGACUUUCAGUUUUUCGCUUUUUUAGCGGACGCACAACAGAAAAAGCCUGCACCGGCUGUGCUGCGCGAAUGCGAUAAUUUGGAAAAGCACUACUCUUUUCGUGUGCGACGGCCCUUUGUGAAAAGUGAAAUUGCGGGCACCAAUUAGCAUUAGCGAAAGAACGGUGAAAAGAGUGCGUCGGGCGGUGCGAGCGGCGCGUGCGAGGAAAAAUGUGUGUUGGACCCCUGCUAAUCGGUGAUAACGAGGAGGUGUGCUUUUGCGCCCGUGGCCCACAAUUGCUGCCCGGCUUUCGAGUGCACUAGAAAGAAAGAAAUGCAGCCGCUGCUGCUGUUGCUCAUGACCACCCUGGUCGGCCACCUGGACGCCGCCACCGAGGCGCCCACCCCGGAGGUCGUCACAGGCGUUGUGCAGGGCGUGGACGAGCGUACCAACACCUUGAUCGACCACAUCGUCACCAAAAAACAGGCCAUGGAUGCUGCCCUCAAGCUCGACACCACCAAACUUGGAGUGAGUGAUGCAAUCGGAUGCGGCAAGUGUUCCUUGGAAGAGAGACUUUACUGCAUGGACACGGUGAUCAGCGAUCAUUGCUGUUGCGACAAAGACACAGAACCUAUGCCGUUCGUGCCUCACAAAUGUAAAAUCGCAUUGCCACCGUCGCCGCCUUGCUUCCCAGUUGCAGGAAACUGUGGAAUAUACAGCCGGAUUUUCGAGUGCUGUUGCAAACACAUUCUGCAGAAAACCUUUCCAUCCCGCCCCACGCACAAUGGUUUGCUGGCCUCUCUAUUCUCCAUGAUCGGCCUUCCACUGGAUGAUAGAGAACCUGGUGGGGACCCAGUGCCCCACCGUCCCGAGACCUUCGCCCAAUCCUCAUCCCAGUCCUCCUCUCAAUCGUUUGCUGGUUUUUACCCACCAGUGCAAGGUUACAACGGUUCGUUUGCCCUGGCGGACGACCCUUCAAGCCACGUAACGUCAUCGGCUGGGCACAACAAAUUGGUAUCAGGCGCACAUGUGGCGCGAGGAGGUCUCGCCGCACUUCUCGCAACAUUGCCAAUGCUGCUCCUCAGGUGAUGACGUCACCGCAGAACAACAGGUCUGGCUGUGCACUCUCGCUCGUUUCAGCGAACAAUUUUCACCGCUUUGCCAAAAAUGUUUGGACUCAUGUGUGCGAAUGAUUAAAUUUCGCAUGAUCGUCAAAUUUUAAUAAAUGAAAGUUCCUCGAUGCCCUCCAACCGUGUUGGAAGAGAAUUUCUCGGCUUGUUAGAUUUGUUUUUGAUUAAUUGGGUGUAUAAUGUUUUCGAAUGUUGUCGUUUUAGAAGGAAAAUGAUUAAAGUAAGUUAUAAAAAUUA